UCAUAUAUCCCAGUGGAACCUAUCAAGUCGUCUAACAUUUGCCAARACUUGUCUCGACGAGUCCUAAAACAUCCAGGAAGAGUAUAUYGAAAAAGGAAGACGAUUUUUAUUCCCGCAAAGGAAAUCGUUAUCCUGGUUGUAUUGGCCAUUGUCCUUUCUUGUGUUGAAGCUAGAAAUSAAUAUAAGUACCAACCAAUUACAACAACCCCACGACCAACAACCCGACCAACAACCCCACCACGCACUAUACGCUUGAGCCAGUGCGGAGUUGUAACACGUGAAGAUCUUCUCAACAAUUCUAUGCCRUCUGGAAAAUUCAUCUGCGCUCAACCUACUGAACACAAACUUUUAAAAAUCUUAAAAAACAUAGGUGGUUAUAAUCCUCGAUAUGUAGCUAUGAACGAAAGCGAUGCCCAGAAUUUCAAGGACCCGAGACUAUUCUCCUCGGCCCCUGUACCUACUAGUUCUACGACUACAACGGCAAAGACCACUACCCAACCUCCGACGACCUUACCACCGUAUAGACGACGCAGAACACGACCAUACCGACGUCGAAGGACUAGACCAACGUACCCAUGGCGACGCAGAAGAACCCGACGACGACAUUGGCAACGUAAACGACGCGCUUGGGGGCUUGGUGACGAUAGUGCGCAAACUCAAGAGAAAGAAAACGAUCAAAGCAACAAUGAUUUUGAUGACACAAAAAUUAACGAUGAGCAUGUUCCUGUACUUACGAAGAGAGCUAUAGAAGGCAAAAAAAUAUGUCGCGAUAGAGGUGYACUGAUUUACACAGAAACUAGCAGUAGCCGUAACGUAAGUACCAAUCGAUAUCGGUUAUGCGGUGAAUGCCACGUGGUGACACACCUAGCCAGCAAUUUCAGACCAUCAUACCUUAACGAGCUUAUCUGCAAGCACAAAGUCYCACCAGCCAACACUUCAGGUAGUGUCCAGGAAGAUGAAAUGUGUGCCUGGAACUCAGGGUUGUGCAUUCAGAGACAGGUGAUGUUUCCAGCCAUAAGAUUGACMGAUAUGUAUGAGAUGAACCAAGAAUUGAGCAACAACCGUAGUAAGCUAAUUUACUCUCAAAUGUACGACGUCGAAGACAAAGAAAUUCGUACCUCAUGUCAGUGUCAAGUUUUCUCUAAUACAGUUCAAAAACUUAACGAUGACUGAAUCUGAAACAAUAGGGAUGUAACUACUGUAGGAAUAGCCAAUAAAUGGUAAAAUUACACUUGAAAGCUUUCCCAUAACGGUAGCAAAACUUGAACUAGAAUCAUCUUAGAGUGAACACAUUAGACGCUGUAAACAUGUGGAAUGUGAUAAGGCUAAUACUCAACUAAAUACAAAACAAUAAASGAAUUUAAAAGCUUAUGUGAAUCUUAGGGUCGUCACACUAAACCCGUGACAGAAUAAUUUGCGUUUAAUAAAUAAGUUGAACAAAGAAAACAAUGAAAAUAAAGUCUGCUAUGAGAAUAAUUCCAAAAUCUCUAGUGAUACCCCACACCCUCGCUACAAUCAG